UCCAGUGUUAAAGUAUUUUAAUAGGUGAGUGUGAAAUCUCAAUGUAGUAUAUACUUCGUGUUUAACGGAUCGAUAUAUUUUGAUGAUAUCUCGAAAGUCGAAAUCGGUGGCGUGGCUGUGGUUCUCUGUUCGUUCGUUGUGCGUUUCUGAAGGUUGUAAUACUGAGAAAAAAAUGACGGCACACGACCAGAUGCGAGCUAUGCUCGAUCAAUUAAUGGGAACAGGUCGAAAUGGUGAAAAUAACAAAUUUCAAGUGAAAUACUCCGAUCCGAAGGUCUGCAAGAGUUUUCUCCUGGCAUGCUGUCCACACGAGAUACUUUCAUCAACGUUCUAUUUCCAGAGUCUCUGGAAAAAGCAAAGUCAAUCUGAUCCAUUGUACAAUAUUGUUGCGAGUAUUGUCCGCUCAUAUGUCGUGUUGUACUUGUCACUCUCACAUGCGCGUUACUACCCUGAAAGGCGUGUAAGUUGGUGAGUAGCAUCAUGCUGAUUCAUGCGAUGAUGUCUUACAGUCGCUUCUUACUAACAAUGCCAUUUAUGGCAGGUAGAAAAUGAAGUUUAUUUUAAGUAUAUAUAUGAAAAACCAACCUUGGAAUUAUGGGUACAGGAAAUGAAGCACUGAUCUGGGAUAUUUAGUAUUGAAUUUCAGGUCUCUAUAUUUAUGAUCGAUUUAAUUGAUAAUUAAAAUAAUUCUAAGAGUACAGACAUCAUUAAUAUGAACCUAAUAGAAAAAUAUAUAUAUAUGUAUAUAUGUAUAUAUAUAUAUUGAUGUAUAUGUAAUAAUUAACGUAUAAAAACUUUCCUUUUAUCAUAAAUUCGAUGUGGGAAUAAUAAGAUAUUGGCAAUUUGCAAAACAUAAAAUGUCCACAAGAAAAAGUGAGAGAUGGCAUGAAGCAGAGACAAUAUUAAGCGGAAUUAUACAACGUGCCAGUUCCAUUAGCAAAAUUCCCCUCAGCAUUGGAUGUACGUAUUCAACUCGAUUUUCUAAAUCGUUUAGCAGUCUCGCAAGGCAGUUCGUGCCCGUCAUUGUCAUCGCAUUGUCGUGUCAGGCGGAGAGGUGUUACCACUCUCGCAUGGACCUGGGAGAAUGCCCCCAGAUUCACGACUUGGCCCUACGGGCUGACUAUGAGGCGGCACAAAAGAAAAAGGAUCAUUUUUAUGAUAUUGAUGCUAUGGAACAUCUGCAAAAUUUUAUCGCGGACUGCGAUCGUCGUACCGAACAAGCGAAACAACGUCUAGCAGAAACACAAGAAGAAUUGAGCGCUGAGGUUGCAGCAAAAGCAAACAAUGUACAUGUUCUUGCCGAAGAGAUUGGUAAGAAAUUAGCUAAGGCUGAACAGCUAGGGGAAGAAGGUUUUGUUGAGGAAUCUAUGAAGCUGAUGGGUGAAAUCGAUGAACUACGUAAGAAAAAGAACGAGGCUGAGCAAGAAUAUCGAAAUAGUAUGCCAGCAUCGAGUUACCAACAACAAAAAUUGAGAGUGUGUGAAGUGUGUAGCGCAUAUCUUGGUAUACAUGAUAACGACAGAAGAUUGGCCGAUCAUUUUGGUGGAAAGUUACAUCUUGGUUUUAUCAAAAUAAGAGAAAAGCUGGCGGAAUUACAGAAAACGGUUGAGGAAAGGCGUAAAGAAAAACGUGACUCGUUAUUAGAUAGACGACGAGAUAGAGAUAGAGAGGAUCGUGAUAAAGACCGUGAUAGAUCGGAUAGGGGACGUGGUUUGGGAUAUAAAGAAAGGGAUCGUGAUCGUGAUCGAGAUCGCGACCGUGAACAACGUGAUCGUGAUCGUGAUCGUGACCGUGACCGUGAUCGUGAACGCGACCGUGAUCGCGACCGUGAACGCGAUCGUGACCGAGAUCGCGAGCGCGACCGUGAUCGUGAACGCGACCGUGACCGUGACCGUGAUCGUGAUCGUGAUCGCAGAGAUAGAGAUAGAGACAGAAGGAAGUCACGAUCUCGAAGUCGUAGUCGAGGGAAGAGAUCGAAACGUUCGCGAAGUGGCAGUCGUGGCCGUCGAUCUCGAUCUCGACGCAGUGCAUCGAACGAUCGGAAGAGAUAAAAUUCGAUAUAUAUAUAUAUAUAUAUACAUAUAUAUAUAUAUAUAUAUAUAUAUAUAUA